AAGUGUAAAUAAUAAGAAGAGAAUCAGUCAAAAAGACUUUAACCUUUGUAACUGGUAUUGCAGUUAAUGAAUCCGACAUAAUUUUUUUCUAAUAUCAUGGCCGAGCGUGAGUACGUGGAAUGUACCUCAUCUAUUAUACAAGCUUUUGUUAUGUUCAAACAACUAUAUCCGGACUACAUGACAAAAGAGUUCACCAAGUCGAUCGAGAUAGCAGUGCAAUUCAUAGAAAGCAAACAAAUGCUAGAUGGUUCAUGGUGCGGAAACUGGGGUAUUUGCUUCAUUUACGGCACAUGGUUUGCUCUUAGCCGCUUAGCAGCGAUUGAUAAAACAUACAAUAACUGUCUAUCUACCCGCAGAGGUAUAGAUUUCCUGCUUUCAGUACAAAAUGAAGAUGGAGGUUGGGGCAAAAGCUAUCUGUCUUGCCCUGAACAGAGAUACAUACCAUUAGAAGGGGGUGGAUCAAACCUAGUGCAAACAUCGUGCGCUAUGGUGGGUCUAAUUCAUGCGGGACAGGCCAAGAGAGAUGUUAUGCCUCUUCACAAUGCUGCAAAAUUUAUUAUCAGUUCCUAACUGGAAAAUGGGGAUUUUCCUCAACAGGAAAUAGUAGGAGCAUUCAUGAAUACAUGCAUGCUACACUAUGCUACAUACCGAAACACCUUCCCAUUAUGGGUGUUGGGGUCGAAAAUGGUUGCGACG